GGAUAUGCAUUUCUAGCUUUUCGCUAGCUUUACUACAGCUUGUCCCAAGCAGCACACAUCAAUAAACUCUCGUCUCUCUGGGUAGGAGACCGAAUAAUGUAUCACCUAAGUGAAACUUUGAAAAAGUCCCAAGUGUGGGGGUAAAGGCUUUCUGGAAAAUAGAAGAAAACAACAAGGACGACAUUUAUAUUUUGGCAAGCAGAGCAGCGACUGCCCCAGACACUUUACCGUCGUUCAUGGUAGAAGCCUUGAGACUACUUUGCAUCCAGCAUGGCGCUGGUUCAGGCUCUGCCGAUCACCGCUGAGCCUCAAGACCCGGGCCACAACGCACGCUCCCGCAGACGAUAUCGCUCGGGUCCCUCGCCACCCUUCAACGUGGCUGCUGCUGCUGCUCCAGACCUUACAGUGCGCCCCUACCGGGACCGCCGAGUCAGACGGGGAACCUCCUUACCGGGCUCAGAGUCUCCUCAGGAGCGCUUCCUACAAAACGGCAGUCCUCCGGCCCUGAGGACAGGCAGGGGGCGAGAGAAGUGGGACUAUGCGGAAGACUGGAAAGACUACCCAAUGGGAUCCGAAAGCCCCACAAGCUACCAGGACAAGAUUAGAAAAGGCUUGAAUGGGAAUAUGGGGGAACCACCGCCAAAACUCAUACCGGUGUCGGGAAAACUAGAGAAGAACAUGGAGAAAAGCGUAUUGCGGCCCACCGCAUUUAAGCCAGUGGUCCCCAAGACCCGUGGCGCCAUGCAGUAUUUGUCUCCCCGACACGGCGCCAAUGCACCAGAGAGCCAAAACGUCCAGCCGGGCAGCACUCACCGAGAGCUGUCGCCCUCCGGCUCAGAGAGGCGCAGCUCGUACAGCGCGGGACGUAGUGGCGGCGGGAGUGGCGGCCACUCCUGUUCACUCUCCGACUCGGGACGGAACUCACUUUCCAGUCUGGCCGCAGGAGAUGGGUUAGGGGGAAACCCAGAGAUGAGAAGAGCCCAUUCCGCGGGCGUCCACGUGCACUCCAACUCGGACAGCGGACGUUCGUCCUCCAGUAAGAGCACCGGGUCCGGUUCCGUCAGCGGGCGGAUUCAGCUGCCGUCAGACUGCGGGUCGGGAGGGCGCUCGCCAGGGGCGACGGAUGGCUAUGAGGGUGUGGUCAGAGACCUAGAGGACAAGCUUAGGGAUAGAGAGGCGGAGCUCCAGCUACUCAGAGACAACCUGGAUGACAACGAGGCUGCCAUCUGCCAGGUUUAUGAGGAGAAGCAGAAGCGUUUUGAGCUGGAGCUGGAGGAGCUGCGGCAGAGCUGCGCCACCAGGAUGCAGGUGGCCUCCCAGAAAGCUCAGCGAUCCCAGCAAGUGCUUCAGAUGCAGGUCCAUCAGCUGCAACAGGAGAAGAAGAAAUUGCAAGAGGACUUUGCGCAGCUCUUGAAGGAGCGAGAACAGCUGGAAGAGCGCUGCACCUCCUACGAACAUGACAAGAUCAAACUUGGCCCCCGACUGGAAGAGACAAAAUGGGAGGUGUGCCAGAAGUCGGGCGAGAUCUCGCUCCUGAAGCAGCAGCUAAAGGAGGCUCAAGUUGAGCUGGCCCAGCGAGCGGGUGAGGCCGCAUCGCUACGUGGGCAACUGCGUGAUGCCCGCGGCGAGCUAAGCAGCGCCCAGGCGCUCCUGCAGGAGUCCGGCGCCGCCUCCCGGUCGCGCGCCGCCGAGUUGGAGGUGUGCGAGAAUGAACUGCAGCGACGCAAGAGCGAGGCCGAGCUGCUGCGGGAGAAGGCGGCGCGCCUGGAGGGCGAGCUCGCGCGGCUGCGGCAGUCCGAGGGAGAUCGAGACGCCCUACGGGAAGUGGCCGAGCGCACUCGGGGCGAGCUGGCUCUGGAACGGCAGCGAGCCGAACGGCAGUCGGACCAUUUUGAGGAAGAGCGGAGGACGUGGCAGGAGGAGAAGGAAAAGGUGCUUCGCUACCAACAGCAGCUGCAGGAGAACUACUUGAGCAUGUACAAACGCAACCGGCAACUGGAGGUUGUCUUGAGGGACCUCAGCCAGGAACUGGAGAGCCGCGACCGUGAUGACGAUGACGGCAGUGGCAACGAGAUCGUCUUUGAUGAAGUCGCCGCCACAGAAAUUUGACUUGCAGGUGGGAGCUUUUGUUGCCUUCCAACCAGUAAAAAGCUCAAAACGGUUCUUUCAAAAAGUUGCACUCCAGUUUGAGAAUGGUGAUGGUAAAAAGACUACAAUACCGAGUAUUCUUAAUACUCUUGUAAUUGACGUUCUUGUAAGCUUUGUUCCUCACGUUCCCAGUUGUGUGGAAGACUCUUAAGAUGGACUCUUCAAUGCCAAAUUGUCCAGUGACCAUAGCAGCUAGUGUUACAAUAAUCAAUACUACUGUAGUUAACUUUCAACUUCAAAUCACCUCGUGCGUUGCGGUACUUGAAUAGAACAAAAAAGUGAACGUACGGUCGCAGUAUGCAAUAAUGAGAGUCCGAUCAUACAAGGAUGGGCAAACUAUGGCUUGAUGUCCACACAAGCUGUACUCAAAAGUUAUGAAUAAUUUUGCAAUUUUUCCCAAGAAUUUAUUAAUAAAGCAAAUUAAACAUGUAAUUUUCCUUCAUUGAAUGCUGAAUUGACUCGUCGGAUAUAAAAACUAAAAGUACUUUUUUAAUUUAAUAUAGAAUUGCUUUAUACAGCGUGGGGCAGCGCAACUUGCUUAUUUAAAUAUGGCGCCCUGAACCAAUGGUUGCUCUGAGGAUGAUAUGGAUGGACUUAUUUGAGAAGGUGGGGCUUAAAGUUUGGUUCUUAAUGUGCGAUAUUUAUUUUGUGUUUAUUUUUCAGGAACCCGAGUGAACAUCAUGGAGUGGACGAAGUUGGAACUCGCUUUCGCUGUUAAGGCAUUUUUUUUCAAGCUGUCGCUUAAUCAUCGCAGCACAACUUGCAUUCCGUAGACAUUUCAAAAUUGCCCCCCGUGGUCGUGUUCCUGGCCGGCAGGAAACGGAUGAUGUAAACAAAAAGAAACCUGGCCUCCCACAAACAGCAAGGACACCCCAAAACAUUGACGUGGUGAGACAAUCUGUUUUGAGAUCUCCCCGAUGGUCUGCCCGCAAACAUGCAUCUGCUCUUUGGUUGUCUGCUCGUUAACUGAGACGAAUCCUCCAUGAAGAAUUGAAAUUUUAUCCUGAUAGAUUAGCUAUGGUGGAGGAACUUAAGCCACACAUUUGAGCGACCGCUUGAAAAAAAUGCCUCAAAAGCUAAAGCGGUUCGAACUUCGUCCACUCCAUGAUGCUCACUGCGGUUCCUGAAAAAUGAACACAAAGAACGCACAUUAAGAACCAAACUUUAAGCCCCACCCUCUCAAAUAAGUCCAUCCCGACCAUCCUCAGUGCAACCAUCGCUUCAGGGCACCAAAUUUAAAUAAGCAAGUUGCUCUGCCCCACCCUGUAUAAUUAAUAUAUUUUACAUAUAUUAAAAUACUGUAUUAUCUGUUAUUAAUUUUAAAUAAUCAAAACUGAGAUUUAAUUAAAAUGAGUCAUGCUUAAAUUCACCUCAAUCUACUAAUGAUGGCCUCUGUUGAUAAAAUAUAAAAUCAAAUGUGUGGUCCCUUGAGUAUGAGUUUGCCCACUCCUCGUCUCCUACCAUCUUUAAGAUGGCUGAACCUUUUGAACUCACACAAGCAUUUUGGGCUGCUUUCCGUUUGUAAAUAAUUCUCGAAUGCACUCGUCACUGUGAAUAGACCAAAGAAUUGUUUCUGCAAGGCCUGUUUUCAUACUGGAUGUUUGUUGGGCUUCCACAGUACAAAUAGAUAUAUAAAUGUUUAUUUUCACCAUGCUGUACAUUUUGUGUUGUUAUUAAAGGUUACACUGUUAAA